UACAAUUCGUUCGCUGAUAUUAAAUCAUGAUCUUGUUAUUUAGUAUUUUAAGUCUGCUGAUAAUGUCAUCUCUCGGGACCACAGAGACUCUCCUCAAGAUGACAGCUAUAAAGUUUACUGUUAAUGAUGAUAAUAUUGAAUAUUAUCCCGAUUGGAGCCGUCUGACCACUGCUUUCUCUGCUUGUGUGUGGGUUAAAGACUUGGGGUCAGGUUACAAUACUAUCUUUAGCUACCACACUAAUGAGCUGGUAAUGAUGGCAAAUGGAUAUUUCACUGGCAUCUUCAGUGCAUAUCAACACUUUAACAGCGGGUUCCCAACAAAAGGCACUUGGUUUCUAGCUUGUAUGACGUGGAGUCUGUCGUCCAGAGAGCAGCGAUACUACGUCAACGGAAAAGUUAUCGGAUCGCAGCAAACGCCAUCGGGCCGAUCACUAAGGACCGGAGGGAAACUAAAACUGGGAAUGUGGUAUGCAAGCGUCUUCAGGUUUGGGGGAGAAAUGAUGUACCUAAACUUUUACUCCAAAGAAUUGACUUCCAGUGAGAUAGCUAGAAUGGUACAGAAAGGAAUGUGUGCUCUUGUCGCAGAGGAAGAUGAGCAUGAGGCAUCACGAGUUAUAAAAUGGGAAGACCUGAUUCAGCUAGAGAGGAGUGGAAAAGCCACCAACACAUAUGAGUAUGCAAACGAAUGUCUAGUUAAUGCGAUUAAUAAGCAGAACGAAGUAAUUGAGGAAUUGAAGGACUCCCGACAAGAACUAGAGAACAUUCGGUUAGAAAAAGAAGAGAUGGAGGAAAAGCUCUCAACUAAAAUGAACGCCACUCUUGCUGAGCUAGAAGUCACCCGGGAGGAGAAAAAUGAGAUGGAGACAGAGCUGGAAGAUGUCAAUACAAGGCUGAAUUCUACUAUCAGUGAGCUAGAAGAGACACAAAAGAACAAACAUACGAUGGAAACAGAGCUUGAGGAUGUCAACACAAGGCUAAAUGCAACUAUUAGUGAGCUAGAAGAGACACAAAAGAACAAAGAAAAGGUGGAACAGAAGCUGGAUGAGAUCUCUUCCAGACUAAAUUCUACUCUUGACGAGCUAGAGGAGAUGUCGGGCAGUGAAUACAGAACAUGGGACUGGAACAUUUUCCUUUCGGAAGAAUUCCUGAACCGGACCUUUACUACUGAAGACGCACAACUUCUUCGUUCAAGCUGGGAGGAUGCAGCAGAGUGGCUGGUGGGAUACACGAUCACAGAUAAGUUGAUAAAAAUAUUGGACCUGUUUGACUCCGUUGAAAACAGAUCCUGGUUGAUGCUGUACUCGGAGAACUACAUAGACAAACUUUUCACGAGGAACAUGGCCAAGAGAUUAACAAACAUCUGGGAUGGCAUCAGUGGGAAGAUGGUUGGUGUUACGAUGACUAAAGAGGUGAUUGAGCUCCUUAAUCACAUAACUGACAAGACCAACUGUGGCAAUGGACAUUCUCCUGAUACUAGUCCAUAGUUACCACACUUCGCUAUUAAUGGAGUAAUGGACGGUUAUAAUAGCUGUUUUAAUUCUGUUUACUACACAGAGCAGGGAACUUUGUCAUUUAAGA